AUGGCUGCUUGGGAGACCGAAGAUGAGUAUGCUGCAGCGGCAGCGGCAUCACUUCCCACUCCCACCGACACGCCGUAUCGAACUCCUUCCCGUGGCUCACGACGAUCAUCUCGACAAAAAUCAAUCUCCCCAGGACCUUCUUCGUCGCCCCCUUCGCGGCGCGAAUCCAAAGAUGUGACAACCGAUGAAAGCAUAUCGAUACUAGAUCCUCGACGAUUUACCCCGACACUACAUGCGAAUUUAGUCUCCGAGAUCCUGGCAUUGCGUCGGGACCAGGAAGAAAAGUUGAAGACGAUCGAGAGCUUAGAAACGGAGCUGCACAGCACCCAGGCGGAACAUGCACAGAAGGACGGUACCGCGGAAGCCAAUGCUAAGGAAAAUCGAUCUUUAAAACGUCAGCUGGCUUUGUUAGAAGGGGGGACAUCAUCCGCUCUCUCAGAACUUGCUCGGGAGCGUGACGAGGCGGUCGAUUCCAGUGCUGAUUCCAAGCGACGAUUGGAGGUUGCACAGAAGAAAAUCCGAACCCAGGAAGAGGAUUCAAAUCGAGUGCAUGAGCUUUGGGCGAAAGACAAAGAUAAUUGGGAAGAUGAGAAACGAAAACUAGACCGCAAGCUUCACGUUUCUGAAGGUCGCCUGAAGACCAUUCUGGAUGAAGUUGCUGCAUACCAGGCCAAUCAUCAAAAUGCCGUACAACAGCCCGAAAGCGAAGCAGAGGAGGCCUCCCGAGACCCUCUUCAUGGGCAUGGCAGCGAUACAGCAAGUGUGCGCACCAUGAGCAUGACCAACAGUGUACGAUUUUCGACGCUCAGUGGACUCAACGGUUAUGGCGGUACGAAGGUCAAUGGUGUAUGUCUUGCAGAUGAACUCGACCUUGGCGACGAUGAGGAUACACAGACAGACUAUGACGGGCGCGAAAGCGCUUUAUCUAUCCGCCACAAACGGACCCAAAGUCGGGAGAGUGCGUUUGCCAUAAACCAUCGACGAAACCAGAGCAUUGAGAGUCUCAGACGGCCAGGAAGUGUGGCACGUGGUAGGCUAGUGAUGGCCAAUCAAUCAGUUCUCGACAGGCUUGAAGGUGGAAUUUCAGAGAAUGAUGAGAUGGUAUUACCACAAAAAGUGGAAUAUAUUGACACGGGCGUGCAAUACUCACCUCCACCAUCCCCGCCCCUACCCGCGGCCGAGCUUGUACUAGACGUCGAGCCAUUGCCAAUCGAUAACACAAUUGGAGUGAUGAAGGUCGAGAAGCAAUUGGAGCCCGAACAUCAUCCAAAAGAAUGGGAAAUCGAGGCAAACCAGCGGCGGAAGCGAGUGCAUGCAAACCCGCCUUUGGUGAUUGAGCCCUCUAUGAAUGGACCGAUGGUUUCUGCGGCAUCUCAAACCCUGGAGGAUCCUCUUAGUCCCCCAAGAACACCUAUAUCACCAACCAGAGCUCCUCCGCCACCACCAGUCGAGGUAAAGCAGGAGAUGGUCUCUACAUCUACACAAACUGAUACCCCCCCCAUACCAUCACCCAGACGAGCCCCGCCCCCACCUCCUAUUCCAAUUCCAUCCAUUCAGUUACACCCCCCCUCAUCCAAUCCCGCAACACCACACGAAUCUGUUCUUCCCCAGCAUUUUAAGGAUGCUGGUUGCCAGGUCUCUAUGCAAGUACCCGUGCCGACAAGGUCGAUAUCUGUGCAAACAGAAGAGAUCAGGGUAGACAAGCGACUUAAUCUACUUCCACCCCACCUCCAACCAUCCGCGAUUUCUACGAAGCCUCCAUCCCCAGAGCCUACAACUAACGAAACCGAGCGAUUCUCCCCUGUUCCGGGGAACCUACCUCAGCGCAAUCCUCGGCGGGUGAUGACCAGUCCCAGACAGAGCUUGGAUCGGGAUAUACCAUCCUCGCCCCCUGGAUUUCCAUUUUCCGCCACCCGGGACGCGUAUCCUGGAAAUAACGAUGACGGACCUCUAGCUAAUAAUAGGGGUUCGAUACGACGGCCCCAUCGGAUUAGUAGUUUGUUUGCCGGUUUCGAAAAUGUUAGUUCGGAUGAUGCUGAUGAGUUUGCUGAUGCCGACAUGAGCGACAACGAUUACCGAACGCCACUCUCGGCCCCAAACCCCCAAACUGCUAUGAACCGAAAUAAAAGGCGGAUCACCCCUGCCCCGACGUCGGUUCCUGAGAAUGUAGAGUUGGAGGAGGAGACAGCUAGGCCAAUUCCUGGAAAGAGUUGGAUGGGACAAGACAGCACUCAUGAACCUGACUUGGACUAUGGCUCAGCCGAAAUAGUAUCAGGCCUGCACAGAUCAUCAAUGAGAUCGCCUCGUCAGCUGGAUAAGCCAUUGACAUUGACCACCACGAUUAAGCCAAAUGCAAUGCGUCGGGCUGCUCUCAUUCAAAGUGGCGUAGCUGCGCAUCAAGGUCGCUCGCGAAGCCCUAGCCUCCCAGAGAUUUUCAAGGAGCCUCCUUUCCCAAUCCCAACUCGGGCUAGCUCAAGGCGGCCUCCCAUCAGUGCCAGCGCUCCUAGUGAUGGUAAUAGAAGUCCAACUUCGGGACGGGGGUCGCGUAGGAGUAGUCACUACAGGUCCAACAGUAUCCGAAAAGUCCGGUCCGCUGCAGCUCUCCCAAGAGGUGGUCGAAGCUACAGACGCCGCGGUAGUCGAUCCCCGCCGCCAAUGUCUCCAUCAACCGAAGCUCCCGAGAGCCCCCAACUGCCACCCAUGCCCAGCAACGAAAUUACAACACCGCGAUAUAUGCAGGAAACUGGUAGUAGUCGGUUUAGAUCUCAUAGACAUCAGCCAUCGGCGAACACGGCAAACACUUCCAACACUGGCACCGCUUCUGUAGGGAGCUCGAACCAAGCUACUAGCGUUGUGGACGCCAUUGCCCAGACGAUGGUCGGCGAGUGGAUGUUUAAAUAUGUCCGACGGCGCAAGUCAUUUGGGGUGGCUGAAUCAAACGGUGCGGAUGAAAAUGGUGUAAACGGCGUUCGCCACAAGCGCUGGGUCUGGCUUGCCCCUUACGAGAGAGCCGUGAUGUGGAGCAGCAAACAGCCAACAUCUGGUUCGGCCUUGAUGGGCAAGACAGGCAGAAAAUUAACUAUUCAAUCGGUGUUAGAUGUCAAGGAUGACAAUCCCGCUCCGAAGGGCACCUCAUCGGUGUUCAAUCGCUCAAUCUUGAUUCUCACUCCAGCUCGGGCCCUCAAAUUCACCGCAGUCUCAGCGGAACGACACUAUGUGUGGCUUACAGCGCUUUCCUUCCUCGCCCACUCAUCGCAAGCCGUUCCAGAAAUCGUUCAAGCGCCCAUUCCAAUCCCACAGCCCACAAUUCCUGACUUUGAGGUCCCUCAGACCAAUCGUCUUCGCAGAAACCCAAUUCGAGACUCAAUUCGUGUUGCGAAGGGUAAAACAGCAGCUGCACGCGCUGGACCCACCAGUGUACGCCCUAUGAUUCUUCCCACCGAUAAUAUACCGGAAGGGGAGUCGUCCUCUUCUCGCAACAAUGGCAUUUCCCCUGCCGCAGAUCCCCCAGUUGUCCCCAGAUUCUCAGAGCGUGGCCAACACGGGCCUGCUCUUACCCAUAGCAGAAAGCGUAGUAAUACCGGUUCACGCAUUCCACCCCCUCUCUCUUUCCGUGGUUUCUCCGGGCCUGUCAGCGCCGGCCAUGCGUCGACCUCCAGCACUGCUGGGAUGAGCGUCGGGACAGCUGGCUCUUCAGACAUCUACAAUUCCCAACCACCAAGCACCAUUUCGGUAUACAACGGCAUGAGCGCCAGUGGCCGAUCAUCGGUACGCACAUCAGAUGCGUCGAACCGACCUGGAGCAGUAGUCAAUAACUUCUUCGACGCAGUUGGCACGAUGAGAAUGGAAGCAUUUAUCAGUCCAAUGGCAUUGACUCGAUUUGAUGAUUGCCCAGAUGAGCAAGAUGAAAUGGAUUUCGUAGGUAUGCGCCGCAGACGAAGUCGUGACAGGAGAAGACGAAGUCGAAAUAUGGAUAGUUAUUACGCCAACAACGGCCGAUCAAGCGAUGACUGGCAUAGUGGGAGUAAGACAGCGGGCGAGGAAGAGUAUGGUCAUUUUGAGCAGGGCGGCUUUGGCCACGAUCCAUUCAGGGGCUUUUGA